AUGAAUAGCAAAGUAUCAUUUCGUCGGGAGACCACCGCUGCGCUGAACAAGCUGCUCUGCAACAUUGGUGCUGAUGGGUGCCAGUCAAGCGGUGCUCUUGGAGGUGUUGUUAUCGCAUCGCCUAGCACACAAGAUCCCAACUAUCUAUACAGUUGGACAAGAGACAGUGGCCUGGUCAUCAAAAGUCUAGUUGACCGCUUCAUUAAUGAAUAUGACAGCGGCCUUCAAAGCAUCAUUCAGCAGUAUAUUGGCGCUUCUGCCCAACUGCAGGGUCUCUCAAGCAGGUCUGGCAGCCUCUCAGAUGGCUCUGGACUCGGAGAGCCCAAGUUCAACAUCAACCUGACACCAUUUACCGGUGACUGGGGACGCCCGCAGCGCGAUGGUCCUGCUUUGCGAGCAAUUGCGAUGAUCACCUACGCCAACUGGCUCAUUGACAAUGGCUACAGCUCCACAGCAAAGGACAUCAUUUGGCCUAUUGUUAAGAACGACGUCAACUACGUCGCCCAAUAUUGGAACCAGACUGGUUUUGAUUUGUGGGAGGAGGUCAAUGGCAGCUCAUUCUUCACGGUUGCCAGCCAGCAUCGCGCUCUCGUACAAGGCAACACUCUUGCACAGAAGAUGGGCGAUUCUGGUGCUGCUUACACGAGCGUUGCACCGCAUGUGUUGUGUUUCCUGCAGCAGUUCUGGAUUCCCUCUCAGGGAUACAUCAACGCAAACAUCAACCAGAACAAUGGACGCGCUGGCCGUGAUGCAAACACGCUGUUGGGCUCCAUUCACACUUUUGACCCCAGCUUGGGAUGCGAUGCCGCUACCUUCCAGCCUUGCAGCGACAAGUCAUUGUCUAACCACAAGUCUACUGUGGAUUCUUUCAGAUUCUACAACCUGAACAAGGGCAUCCCAGCCGGCCAAGCUGUGGCUGUUGGCAGAUACUCGGAAGACGUCUACUACAACGGUAAUCCAUGGUAUCUGUCGACGCUGUCUGCCGCCGAGCAGCUGUACGAUGCCAUCUAUGUUUGGAAGGCUCAGGGUUCUGUGACUGUGACUAGCAUCUCGCAGCCGUUCUUUAACGAUCUCGUACCUGGCAUCAGCGCCGGCACAUACGCCAGCAACAGCGCGACUUACAAGUCGAUUCUCAAUGCGGCGGCCUCUUAUGCAGACGGAUUUGUUUCCAUUGUGGCCAAGUACACGCCGUCUGGAGGAGCAUUGGCUGAGCAAUUUUCGAAAGAUGACGGUCACCCUCUGUCAGCGCGCGACUUGACAUGGUCUUAUGCGUCGUUGCUGACUGCAGCGGCUCGCCGUGCAGGCAAUGUGCUGCCAUCGUGGGCAGACAAGCAAGCCACAUCGAUCCCUCCUGCUUGCUCUGCAACAUCCGUCAUCGGCACUUACAAGACGGCGACAGCUACGUCGUUCCCACCAAACCAGACUCCUAAGACGGGGGUUCCCACUCACACGACAACCACGCAGCCGUCUAAGACGUCGUCUACAGGCUGCGCCACGGCUAGUGUUGUUGCCGUUACCUUCCAAGAGCGUGUUGUGACCCAAUACGGACAGACUAUUAAGAUUGUUGGAAAUAACGACUUGAUCGGCAAUUGGGACCCGAACAAGGCUAUUGCACUGGACGCCAAGGACUACACGUCGGAUAACCCCGUGUGGAAGGUGACAAUUACGUUCCCUGCUGGCACGGACAUUCAGUACAAGUACAUCAACUUUAACGCCGACGGCUCUUACAACUGGGAGCAUGACCCGAACCAUAGCUACACGGUGCCCAAGACUUGUGCGUCUUCAGCUACCGAAUCUGAUAGCUGGCAGUAUUAG